AAAGGGCAAACUCUGUUUUCUUUUCAGCAGUGAGCUCGAUGCGGCCGAUAGACAGCACGAAAUGCGUGGUAGUCCAAGACGUGAAGGCUGUCACUCAUGAGAACGCGCACGUUCACGACCCGAUAUCAACGCAAAUACCCACCGAAGAGUCGUUACCGACAAGCACCGCGGAGCACUCGAGUGCGUCGGACAGCGCCGGAGACCAACAGAGCGAUCCUCAGAUUCAGCAAUCAGCCCAGCAAUGGCCGGCGGUGCUCGAGCUCCAGGCGUACAACGUGGCUCACUCGGCCAUGAUCCCGCCUUACCAUUUCUGGAACACUGAGUUCCGGAACAAGCAGCCCGCCUUCAUCCGACUGAAUCUUACUCUGCCCUGGGGCGCGAACUUUGCCGUCUACGGGAGGCGAAAUGUCGCGCCAAGUGUCACGCAGUAUGAUUUUGUGGAAUUUGUGAAAGGUGGUAGAGUGGAUCACAGGUUGAAAAGAGAUACCAGUUCGGAGGCAGUCAGUUUCAUGAAAACGGCGGCGACAGAGGCUCGAUCUGGUGACAGUCGCUCGUACCAACAUGUGUUGAUCAAGAGAACGAUCGUGGAACCGAUGAUGGUGAACGUUAGCUUGCUUCAGUAUCUGGAUACUGGACGUUGGUUCCUUUCGGUAUAUAACGAUGAGUUGCAGCCAUACAAGGUCACCCUGGUCGUGACCGAAGCCGAGGGUGUAUCGACAACCUGCCCGAACGACUGUUCUGGAAGAGGAUCCUGUUAUCUUGGAAAAUGCGACUGUAUCGACGGGUAUCAGGGAGCCGAUUGCAGUAAAAGCGUGUGCCCGGUACUGUGCUCGUCUCACGGACAAUAUGGUGGCGGUAUGUGCCAUUGCGAAGACGGCUGGAAAGGUGCCGAAUGUGAUAUACCAUUAGGAGACUGCCAAGUUCCUGAUUGCAAUCAACACGGACAGUGUGUUAGAGGGUCGUGUGUAUGUAAUCCUGGAUGGAAAGGCGGUUUCUGCGACGAACCUGAUUGUCCUGAUCCGAACUGCAGUGGCCACGGCGCAUGCGUUGCCGGUAAAUGCUAUUGCAAAGCAGGCUGGCAGGGUGAAAGGUGCAACCAGGUCGAUCAGCAGGUGUACCAAUGCCUGCCACGUUGCUCUGACCACGGCACGUACGAUCUCGAAUCCGGAAGCUGCGUCUGCGAGGGACACUGGACCGGUGUGGAUUGUUCACAACCAAGUUGCGGCCUCGAUUGCGGGCCACACGGAACCUGCGAACAGGGUCUUUGCAAGUGCAACGAUGAUUGGACUGGCACGAAAUGCGAUCAGAAACCGUGCGAUCCACGAUGCGCGGAACAUGGCCAGUGCAAGAAUGGAACUUGCGUAUGCAGUCAAGGAUGGAACGGACGACAUUGCACGCUGCCUGGAUGCGAGAACGGAUGCAGCCGGCACGGACUAUGCACUCUGCAAGAUGGCGAAUACAGUUGCGAGUGUUCAACCGGUUGGGCAGGCAGGGAUUGUAGCAUACGACUGGAAAUGGAAUGUAAUGACUUUAUUGACAAUGAUCAGGAUGGCAUGAUGGACUGUUCUGACAGCGAGUGUUGCUCGCACGCAGCUUGCGCAGAGCAUAUCAUGUGCCUUACUAGUAAUAAUCCUGUGGACGUCCUUCUGCGUAAACAACCGCCCAGCGUGACCGCGUCCUUUUACCAGCGCGUGAAAUUCCUCGUUGAGGAGAAUAGCGUACAAAGUUACGCUCAUAUGAACGAGUACACCGAAAGUCGAGUUGCGGUGAUGCGAGGCCAAGUUGUAACCGAACAAAGAAUUGGAAUAGUAGGCAUCAGGGUGUCCGUGGACAGAGACCCCCGCUUUGGAUUCACAUUAACUAGAGCUGAUGGAUGGUUCGAUGUGUUAGUGAAUGGUGGUGGUGCGGUAACACUUCAGUUUCAACGUAGCCCUUUCAAACCCCUCACGAGGACGGUGUUCGUGCCAUGGAAUCAAAUAGUAGUCCUGCCACCUGUGGUGAUGACUCUUAACGAGGAAGACGAAUCCCCUAAAUCCAACCAACCACCCAGUCCAGCCGUUGGCUUCCCAGGGAUAUCGAUGGGACUAUUUAGCGAGCACGGUCCAUGCUUGGAACAUGAUCAUGAAUUAUUGAGACCAAUCAUCGUCAGCACUUGGAUGCCGGAGAAGGUGGGCGGUCUUCCGGGCAAAAGUUUGGUGUUCGCUGAAAGUCAGAUCGUCCAAGAAAGCAUUGCCAUUCCAGGCUCGAACUUGCAUUUGAUGUAUCAGAGUAGCCAGGCGGCCGGCUAUUUAUCGACUGUUAGAAUGCAAUUGACUGGACCGUUUAUCCCAAAGUCGCUGACACAUGUGCACGUGCACGUUGAAAUUGAGGGGUCAUUGCACGCGAAGACCUAUGAAGCAGACCCAAAUUUGACGCACACGUUUGCUUGGAACAAGAGGAACGUUUACAAACAGAAGGUGUAUGGUGUGGCACAGGCAAGGAUCUCAAUAGGCUAUCAACAUUCCACUUGUCCAGCGGUGAUUUGGGAAACGCAGACAGCCAUGUUGCAAGGUUUCGACGUCGAUAUUUCGGAUAUUGGAGGCUGGGGAUUGGACAUUCACCAUCACUACAACUUUCACGAAGGAAUACUUCAGAAAGGAGAUGGUACCACUUUGCAUUUCAAACAGUAUCCUCGCACUGUGAAAGUGGUGAUGGGCACUGGAUUGCAAAGAAGCUUGGUGUGUCAAGAUUGCGAUGGUUUGGCUAAAGACGUUAGGCUAUUGACACCAGUGGCGCUCACUAGUGGUCCAGAUGGAAGCAUUUAUGUUGGCGAUUUCAAUCUAGUACGCAGGAUUACACCUGAAGGGGAAGUAUACACUGUUUUGACACUAAGUGCAACUCAAGUGGCUUAUGCUUAUUAUCUCUGUGUUUCCCCUGCGGAUGGCCAUUUAUAUAUCAGUGAUCCUGAAAAACAUCAAAUAUUGAGAGCUUUAUCUCUAAAAGAUGUCGAACAUCCCAGUAUCAACAUCGAGCCCAUAGUUGGAAGUGGAGAAAGAUGUAUUCCUGGUGACGAAAGUCAUUGUGGCGAUGAAGGUCCAGCUAUUCGCGCCAAAUUGGCUCAUCCGAAAGGAAUCGCCAUUGCCGCCGAUAAGACUAUGUACAUCGCCGAUGGAAGAAACAUACGCGCCGUAGAUCCUCAUGGAAUUAUUCACACAUUAGUUGGACACCACGGACAUCACAAUCAUUGGUCCCCGGCUCCAUGCGUUGGUGCUAUACCCGCUCAUCAAGCCCAAUUACAAUGGCCAACUGGAUUAACCUUAAGCCCUCUGGAUGGAUCCCUUCAUUUCAUCGAUGACAGGCUCGUUUUGAAACUUACAAGCGAUUUAAAAGUUCGCGUAGUAGCUGGAACACCACUCCAUUGCACUAGUAAUACCAAUAAUAAUGGGAACAGUAACGAUGGUGACCUAAAAAAAGUAAAUUCGACGACAACCACGAGUCCAAAGAAAUCUGACGAAGUACUUGGCUCUGUACUUGCCGUUAGUUUCAGUCCAACUGGUGAACUCUACAUAGCAGAAAGCGAUUCACACAGAGUGAAUUCUAUAAAAAUUGUAGAUAGUUCUGGGAAAAUGUCCCAUUUUGCUGGACAACAACAAGAAAGGUUGCGUGGUCAGUGUGAAUGUAAUAAUACUACUCCAAGCAGUAAAGAUUUGGAAAGUUGCGCAUGUACUGAUGACACUAGUAGUACAGAAACUUUGCUGUCAUCGAAUGCUAAAUUCACAGCCAUUUCUGCUCUGGCCGUGUCACCAGAUGGCGUCCUUCAUGUGGCUGAUCAAGGCAGCCUGCACAUUUUAGCACUGCAACCGUAUCUUCCAAAUCAUGAUGAAAGUGGGGAAUUCCAUAUUCCUUUCCCACCAUCGAACGAGGUAUACGUGUUCAAUCGUUACGGUCAACACAUCUCCACGAAGGAUUUAACAUCUGGUAAGACCCGUUAUUCGUUCUUGUAUAGCAAAAACACAAGCUUUGGAAAAUUAUCUACCGUGACGGACAGUGCUGGAAAUAAGAUUCAAUUCUUGAGGGAUUACAGCAGUGUGGUCAGUUCUAUAGAGAAUACACAAGAUCAUAAAUCUGAAUUAAAGAUUUCUGCAGUUGGCUUCUUGGAGAAACUGUCUGAACGAGGAAGGGCUGAAAUUGCACUUGCCUAUGAUGGUUCAACAGGAUUACUGACAAGCAGAUCAGGGGGUGGUGAAACGUAUAUCUACAAUUAUGACAAUUUGGGUCGUGUUACCGAUGUCAUUCUACCUACUGGUGAAAAAUUGAAGCUAUUCUCGGAUCUAUCUGACGACGAAGGUCUAUUGGUCAAAGUGUCAGCCCCGCUUCAAGCUUUGUCAAAAGGAGACAAGCAAAGAACCGUAGAAUUUAAAAUGAAAAAUGAGAGAUCAAAGAUGCUAACGAUUACUGAUGGUACCAAAAUCAAGAAAGCGAUCGCUUUCACUAACAGCAGUUUAGAGGUUCUCCUUCCUGGUGGUGGUAGAGUGCUAAGUGCAGCCACUACAAAACAUCCACUUCUAGAAGCUGCGUUACCAGUCGAGGCCGAAAUGUUGCCAAUGUGGAGUUAUCAGUUGAUGUCUCUUGGUGAAUUAACCAACACUAUGACCACUACGUACAAUCUAGUCGGCGACGUUAGCCACUUUCAACAGACCUUAAACAGAGAAAUUUGGGUGAACGAUACACGCGUUAUUGGGGUAGAAUUCGAACAAGCUUUCAGACGAGAAACUUUCUAUGAUAAAACGAGAAACCCGUUGCUUACUGUUACCUUCGAUCCUGCUGGCUUACCCCUGACUUGGCAACCGCAUGAACAAGGUUACAAUCUCACGAUCACAUAUGAUAGAUUCAAUCGAAUAGAAAGUUGGAAGUGGGGUCCAUCCGAUGAAUCGUAUGGAUACGAUCGUCAUGGACAAUUGUCAGAGGUCACUAGUAGUCAGGAUGGAACUAAACGAUAUACCUAUAACGAUUUCAAUGUGCUAUCCAACAUUACUCUGGCCAGUGACAGACAUUUCACUUUGCAAUAUGACGAUGAUGGUGGACUACGUCACAUUAUCCUCCCAUCGGGAACUAAACACUCGUUCUCGUGUCAAACUUCUCUAGGUUUUCUCAGAGUGACUUACACUCCACCAGGCAGCAGCAGAGCCUACCUCCAACACUAUAGUCACGACGGAAACUUGUUACAAACUGUGUUCCCUGGUGAUGGAGCUCGUAUCGUGUACAGGUACCACACUUCAGGACAACUUGCUGAAGUCGUUCACGGUGAUGGAAAGAGUGAAAUUAGAUAUACAGAAAGCGGUUUGCCCUCGGAAGUGAUUCAUUCUGAGAAAGACGUAGAGUACAAAUGGGACUAUCAGUAUAGCGCUGGUCUAUUGGUGGAAGAACGCAUAGAUUUCGGUGCAAAGACUGGACUGAGCAAUGCAAAGUUUACGUUCGACUAUGAUUCAAACUUCAGAUUGGUAAAUGUUCAAGGUAGAAUCGGUGGCCAAACUCUUCCAACUCAUACUAUAGCGUAUAGUCCCAAAACAGGUAUGUUGGAACAAAUUGGACAGUUCAAAGUAACCAGACCUCAGCCCAACGAGACCACCGUGUUCGAUGGUACUGCAUUGUUUUCGAGAAUUACAGAUGACAGAUUUUUAGAGACACAAGUGACACUGACGAUUCACCAAUUAGAGGUUUUCAGAAUGGAAUUUACACACGAUACUCGUGGUCGUAUUAAUCAGACUAGGACUUACACUCGCAAUGUGGCCGUCAAUACUUAUACCAACGUGAAGAAUUACACCUGGGAUUGUGACGGCCAAUUGACCGGGGUCGAAGCUCAAGAGCCAUGGGGAUUUAAAUACGAUGCGAAUGGAAACAUGUUGUCACUGACAUAUCGAGGAAACACUAUACCUAUGGAGUACAAUAGCAUGGAUAGGAUAGUAAAAUUCGGUGAAGGAUUGUAUAAAUAUGACAACAGAGGUUUGGUGGUGCAGAAUGCCAGAGAAGAAAGAUUUAACUAUAAUGCUAAAGGACUUUUGGUUCGCGCGACUAAACGUGGACGCUUUGAUGUUCGUUAUUAUUACGAUCAUCUGGAUCGUUUGGCUACAAGAAAGGAUAAUUAUGGAAACGUUACUCAAUUCUUUUAUAACAAUCAAAAACGUCCCCACGAAGUGAGUCAAAUUUAUAGUCCAAGGGAUGGUAAAUUAAUGUCGUUAGUGUACGACGAUAGAGGGCAUUUGAUUUAUGCUCAAGUUUAUCGGCACAAAUAUUAUAUCGCCACUGAUCAGUGUGGAACUCCGAUCAUGAUUUUCAGCCAGUAUGGUGAAGGUAUCAGAGAAAUAAUGAGAUCACCUUACGGCCAUAUUGUUUACGACUCGAAUCCUUAUUUAUAUUUGCCUGUUGAUUUUUGCGGAGGAUUGCUAGAUCAGGUAACGUCAUUAGUGCAUAUGCCAAACGGUAAAGUUUAUGAUCCAUUGAUAGGCCAGUGGAUGUCUCCCUUGUGGGAGAAUGUUCUCGACAGAGUGGAUACACCGACACAUCUACAUUUGUACAGAUUCAAUGGGAACGAUCCUAUUGAUGUUAGGCACACGGACCGACCAAAUCAACCAACUGAUCACAUAUCAUGGAUGUCGCUUCUUGGAUACGAUUUAAAGACUCUCGCACCUCAACUUUUCCCCGACGAACUGCCAGAUAGCCUCGUUCCUCCAGCUUUGGGUCCAGGCACUUCCAUAUUUGGCAAGAAGAAGAGAACCAGGAACCUCGGUGUUCAAUCGGGAUUUCUAGCCUAUAUCGCACAAAGGCAUUCGGGAGAUGCCGUCAGUCUAUCAGCGCCGCCUCGUUCAGCCCUUAAAAAGGACACCAGCGACUUGAUACCCAGCCGUCUGGGUGCAGCCUCGGAUCCUCCAUUUGGAAAAGGAAUUUUAGUAUCGAGGACUGCAGAUGGCCAAGCAGUAGUGUCCAGCGUGCCAACCGCGAACGCCAUCUAUGGCGAUGUGUUCACGUCGGUAUUUAACCGUUCGUACUUUCUCCCUUUCACGUUUGUGGUGCACAGUGCGCAGCAGGACGCGUUAUUCGUGAAGGAAGAAACGUGGCGAGCUAGUGAAGAUCGUGGUCAGUUGAAACGUUUAGGUGGCCAAGUUAAUACAACGUUUCACGAAAACGAAAACGGAAGUGGUAGUAGUUCAUUGAUAGACGUGAAGAUCCACGGCUCCAGUUAUAUUGUGAAUCUGCGUUACGGCACAACUGCCGAGAAAGAGAAACAAAGACUGCUCCAUCACGCCAAGGCGACCGCUAUUCGCAAGGCCUGGCACAGGGAACGUGAGGCGCUAAAGGCCAACACGCCAACGGCCAUCGAAUGGAUGGUGGCCGAACAAGAUGAGAUUCUGAAAUCUGGAUCCGCGUCCAAUUACGAGGGUGAAUACAUCCACGACGCACAGUUGUAUCCAGAACUCGCGGAAGAUCCGUAUAACAUCCGAUUUACGAAGAAGGCUGUGGAUCCGUCUAGUAAAAAACGGCGUAGGAGGAGAGGCGCCCCCACUUGUAAACUUUGGUGGUUGGACAAAAUCUGCUAAUCUCAGUAAGUUACCGUUCUAAACCAGGGAGUCCUCCUCUCCUGAUUCACAUUCUGUUCUGCCGGGAGAAUUGUCCAAUCGUUAAAGCAACAGGAAUUUCCAAACGAACGACUGAACGAAUAAGAAGAGGUUGGAGAAUUGGAUCGAAGAAAAAAGGAAGAAAUUGAGCCGCAGCGAGUCGGCAGUCCUUCGUAUGGAACACUAUCCGAACACUAUCAAAAGAAACAAAAAAAAAAAAUUUAAAAAAAAAAGUUUUAAUACCAAAGUCUAUUUGUGUAUUUCGAAGAUGCCAAAAACAUUUAACGUUAUAUCGAUUAUAUUGUAUCGCGAUUUAGGGUGUAGUGUGUAAGCAUCUCGGAGAAAAUUUUUGCCUCCGCGCACGACCGUGUUGCCAUAACUCGCGACUCUUGCGGACUGAUAGUAUAUAUUAUCGUCGUCGGCCAUAUUAAGGAAAUUCGUUAUUAAUUCGUUAGGAAGCCUUUCGUUCUUGCUAUAGUUACGGGAAACGACAAAGAGGUCGUGGACCAUUUCAUCGUUUUCCUCUUCGCGAGAUAAGGAAGACUUCCUUAAUGAAGACGAUCGUGGAAUCACGAAAAUUAUGUGCGUUCACUAUCGUUGACUCGUAACGAAUCACUGCGUCGUUAGAUGAAAGAAGAAUGACGAAAAAUAAAGGCAGAAAGCAGGCCAUUCGUCGUUCGAGCGAAUCGAGUGAGAGAAACUAGUCAAUAUAUAGCUUUACAUUGACAUAUAAACUUUUUCCAAUAAGAUAAGCAUACGAAGCAUACGUUCGUCGAUUUAUCAUGCGAAGAAACAAACUUUGUGUAUCCAUCUACCUGUCUACACACGCGAUACCUUAGUUGUACUUAGGUGAAUGAAAAAAGAUA